AUGGAGAAUCUGAUGCCAUACGGCAGAUACAAGCAGCGAUCUCACGAGACAUGUCGUGAGAGGCACCUUGUAGAACUCGAGAACAACCCUACGCAACCGUCUAUCGUGUUGCUAGGAGAUUCUAUGAUCGAACGCAUGAUCACAACUGGCCUAUCUCCGAGCUUCGACCCAUGGCCCUCCACAACUAUGAUCAGCGACGAAAUCAUGGCUCAGCAACAGCCACAGACUUCUUCGGCUAAGCCUGCACGGUUACAGGGCGUCUUUAACGCCGGCGUAGGCGGCGACAAGUUCGAAAAUGUCAUCUAUCGACUUACCGGCUCAUCAGACCCCUCGAGGCCCCUGGGUAGUCUGCUGGAUGCCCUUCGGAACCGCAACGUCAAAUUGUGGGUGCUACAUGUGGGCACAAACAACCUACAUCCCAAGCGCGGGUUGAGAGAAUUCGAUCUAGCUCUACUUCGCUUGAUCGUCGAGGCUCUGCUCGAAAUGGGCGGGAAGAUACUGCUUGUCGGGCUCUUCAGGAGGAAGGAUAUCAGUGACGAAUUGGUGGUGAAAGCGAAUAAGGCCUAUCUUGCGCUCGUUCAACAAUUACAAGAGGAAGGAUCAGAUCGGAUAGAGUUUCUGGAGCCACCCUUGGUUGAUAAGGAUGAGUGUCUGGUAGAUCAUGUUCAUCUCAACGAGAAGGGUUAUCAAAUCUGGUCCGAGGUUCUGUUUGGGGCAGUCACGAAUAUUGUGAAACAAUGA